CUUCCCCAGAUGUGCUCUCCUCGAUGGCUGCUGCCCCACAUCCCCUUCCUUCUCUGCUGUUGGGCAGAGGGUGCUGGGGAUACCUCGAGGCAAGUUAGGUCCUGAUGUCCAACGUGACGCAGAGCAAAGCAAACAGCGAAUAAAUGGCAAAGACUUGAGCAAGAGGGCUUGCAAACAGGAGGAGCUGUAUUUCAAACACCAGCUAGCAUUGUGCAGUCCCUGUAUUUUCUGGCAGCCUUCGUGCAAAGCAGCACUUCACAUCAACCCACCCCAUCUCUUUGUCCUAGCAGCAAAGUUACCUUGGCAGCAUCUGCUGUCCCCCAGCCCUCACCUUGUCUGUGUGCAGCACAGAGCUGGGCUCCCAUCCCACAUCCUCCAUCCCUCCCUGAGUGCAGUGCUUGGAGACGCCUUCAGAAUGGACAAAGUUCUGACGACCUUUGAGGAGGGAACGUUUUGCACCCGUGUCAAAAAGUGGUGUUCUGCCACUGAUGUCGGUAUUUUUUUGCUGCCGUUUAAUUAGAUUAAUCUUCUAAGUUUGGUGGCCAGCUGUUUGCUUUGCAGACAGGCAGAAAAAAAUCCAGCGCUGCGCUCCUGCUGCUUUCUUCUUGUAAUGAGCUUGUUAGCAAUUAGUUGCUAUUGGAGCGGGCUGCCAUGUGUGGAGCAGUAAGCACAAUGAGCUCCGCACCUGGAGAAUGGCUUUGAGGUGUUUACGAAGUAUGGGAAAUGCUACAUGUUUAACUCAGGAGAAGAAGGACGGCCUCUUCUUACCACGGUUAAGGGUGGGACAGGCAAUGGACUGGAAAUCAUGCUAGACAUCCAGCAGGAUGAAUAUUUGCCAAUAUGGGGAGAAACAGAAGAGACGACGUUCGAGGCCGGAGUCAAAGUUCAGAUCCACAGCCAGUCGGAGCCGCCGUUUGUCCAGGAGCUUGGCUUCGGGGUGGCCCCUGGAUUCCAGACCUUUGUGGCCACCCAAGAGCAAAGGCUGACGUACCUGCCUCCGCCGUGGGGUGAAUGUCGCUCGUCAGACAUGGGCUUAGACUUCUUUCCCGUUUACAGCAUCACGGCUUGCAGGAUCGACUGCGAGACGCGGUAUAUUGUGGAAAACUGCAACUGCAAAAUGGUUCACAUGCCAGGGGAUGCUCCCUUCUGCACCCCGGAGCAGUACAAGGAAUGUGCAGAGCCUGCACUCGGUUUGCUUGCUGAAAAAGACAGCAAUUACUGCAUCUGCAGGACACCCUGUAACCUGACCAGGUACAACAAAGAGCUCUCCAUGGUCAAGAUCCCCAGCAAGACUUCGGCCAAGUACCUGGAGAAGAAGUUUAACAAAUCAGAAAAAUAUAUCUCAGAAAAUAUUCUUGUCUUGGACAUAUUUUUUGAAGCUCUCAACUAUGAGACAAUUGAGCAGAAGAAAGCCUAUGAAGUGGCAGCCUUACUUGGUGACAUUGGAGGCCAGAUGGGGCUAUUUAUUGGUGCUAGUAUCCUCACUAUACUAGAGCUCUUCGAUUAUAUAUACGAGCUGAUCAAGGAGAAAUUAUUAGACCUACUUGGGAAGGAGGAAGAGGAAGGGAGCCAUGAUGAAAACGUGAGCACUUGUGACCCCAUGCCAAACCAUUCGGAAACCAUCAGCCACACUGUGAAUGUGCCACUGCAGGCCACCCUGGGAACGCUGGAGGAGAUCGCCUGCUGACACCGCCCGACCGCUCCACAGUGCCAACACCUAAGGAAGGGAAACUGCACGGGAAAGCAGGGACCGAGCUCAGUCUCUGAUUUUCACUACAAGAAGGAACUCGCGGGCCCAGCCAUCCCCUGAAAUCACCAUUACUAACGUCGUAGGCUGAAUUAGAAUAAAGAAACAAAAAGUCGCAGCUCUUGGAUUCUUCUUA